AUGCAUUUAUAUAUAUAUAUACUAAUAAGCUGCUAUUAUAUUAAUGCUACUAUUAUUAUAAAUAAUAUAAUAAUUAAAAAUAUAAUAAAGGAGGAGGAGGAGAUAAAAAAGGAGGAGGAGGAGUUAGAGAAAAAGUUAAAAAAAGAGGAGGUAAAGGAGGAGGUAGAGGAGGAGGUAAAAGUAAUAAUACUUAUAAAUUAG